CGGAUUUGACACCGAGCAACGGAACUUUUCAUAUACUGCUGAGAUCGAUAGAAUUGAAAUUGAACAGUACAAGAUGGGAUUAUGCCCGGCAACUGUAUCUUUUGCAACCGUUUUGGCAGUAGUUUGCAUUUCUAGCGAAGUGUUCGGUGCGGACCCUUUGUACUGCUUCAGUUGCCAUGGAUAUGAUAAAGAUAGUCUCACCAAGUGUAAAGACAGAAAGGAUAAUGAAUUGUUCGUUAGAAAGUGCACCACAAACUCGUCGCUUUUGCCGGCCUGUCUCAAGUACACUGCCUAUUACAAGAUUCCACAGAUGAUGGGUAAACAACUCAAAAUGGUCGAGUCCGCCGUGCACGGUUUACACUGUGGAACACUGGCAAUGUGUGCAAGGAGUGAAUGCCCGAAUUUCUGGCCAAAGGAUCUCUCUGCUAAAAAAUGUGAAGUAAGUUGCUGUACAAACAAACCCUGUUCAUUCCCGAUGCCGAAUAAAUCGGAAAUUGAUACAUAUGAGCAGCGAGAGGCUGUGAAGGGUAACGCGGCAGCUCUUGGGGUCCAGAGUGGAAAGAGAAGUAGUGGUGUAACCAGAAUCUCGGUGUCCUUGUGGAUACAAGGCGUGGUUCUCGCUUUUGCUACGUGGCUUAAGGCUUAAAGUUUUUAACGCGAAGUAACUUGUAUGCCAAGUGCAAGCAAUUAAGAGGCCGUUCAUAUCAUGUUUUCAUCAGUGGUAGUUAUAUUUAAAUACUAAAGCUGGCACUUACUCUGGAAGAUCUAACUCUUUAUUUCCCUCUUGAGAAAGAGGACAUUAUCAUGAACAGAAGUAAUAAUUAUUGACGUAUACUAAACGCUUGACUAUCAUGAGACACUCCAUAUCUGAAGUAAUUCUGGCUUCACCACAAACAAUCCAAACGAAAGCUCGGGAUGUGCUGCCCAAAGGAACUGGGUUUGAUUCUUCAAACACGCUUCACAGAUACGUUAUCUGUUAAUAAUGUUCCUGACGUUAUCGAUGGCCCGACCACUGGAUAAAAAAAGCAGUCAUGUUUAUGUAUAGUGCGUCUCAGUUUGCGAAACUUUAUACCGAAUCAUUACAAUCUUAGUUUAGUCACACCUUCUGUAGCUAUAUACUAUUUAUAUAUAUGAGGGUCAGGAUUUGACUUGGCACAUUCUUUUGUAACACGUCUGUAAAGUAUCAUUUUAUACCCAUCAACAAAUCGUUUCCUGUUUUAUAAAUACUCGACGCAAAUUGGAGUAUCGCUGAACAAUUCUCACCUCACUGACAGUCAAAUUUUACCUCACUUUCUUAUGUACAACAGAGACGUUUAUUCAAUUUUGUUUUAGGGUAAAGAGUAACUGUAGCAUAAAGUGUCUCUAAACAAACACCUUUUUCGUGCAGAUACAACAUGUUCCCUUGGGAAUACAUGCCUGAGAAUACUCGAACAGGAAAUCAUAAGAUUUAUUGGAAUGUGUUACCAAACACAAAGUUAUUUUCAACUCUUACAUCAAUUCCAUUUCUUGUUGUUGAUGAAUGCAAACAUGCCUACAAUAAUGUGUACUUUGACUUGGUAAGAUGUCUUUUAUUUACAUCAGGUCGGGAAGUGACCUAUAUAUGUGUUUUCGUCAAUUUCAAAAUACUUGUUUAUUGACCUAAACUUGUAAGUGAGUAGAAUAAAACAGAUGUUAUUGCUUUUUUCGGAAAAGAAAACUCGAAAAACAUCCGCUCAACGAAGGAAGAGAAUUUUAAGAAUUCUUCAAUAGCCGACCGGUUAAUGCAAAUCUAAGUAACAAACAUUCGCUUUGAGGAAGGGCAAACGCCCGAAAUAUCAGCUUUGAAACUCUUUACAGAGGCCAAUUUAAGUUAAUAAUACUAAAUUACCCUGUUAUACUCUCCUACCGACCACGCAGCUCCACAGUUUCUUUAGAAUCUUACCCCCUUUAGAUAAGAUUAUUUUCACUUCGUAUAGCAUCUGCUGGUUCUGCCGCUGUAAAGACUUGUGCUGUAAUGGAAACGGAGUUUUUUAAUAUUGAUUUAUCUAAGAAACAUUUUCCUUUUAGUUGUAUGAAUGAGUAUUAGCUGUAGUGCCUCUCUGAUAUGGCUUGCAAAUGUCAGUUUGAUCAGAAUGUAUCUUGUUUUGCAGAAAAACGUUCAUCAUGUUAAUCAUUUCACAUAUGUGUAUAUGUAGAUAUUUUUUUUAAAGACUUUGGCCGAGCAUCGCCGUGAAGUAGAAUAAAAAGAAUCAUUUUUUGUCUCAGUAUCUGGUCGUUUCUGAUGUAGAUUGUGGUGUUUCGACUGCGUAUCGAUCUACAUCACAGGUGAUCAAGAGUGGGACGAUCAUUCACUACGUAGCCGAUAAAUUUCACAAGUAUGAUGUAUUUUGACAUCUAAGCUAGAUUUGUGCAACACAAGCUGCAACUUGAUUCUUUAUUAAAAUAAAAUGUUUUGAGGAGAACUGUUGUAGCUGCUUGAUAUUAAAAGAAAAAUUAAGGCCA